AACAACUUCGGGAAGCACUCUUCGAAAAAAGUAAUAAUUUUGAAGUUUAAAUUAAAAGUAGGCUGUUAAGCGUUAUGAACAAAUUGCGACAUGCGAUUUCUCUGCUGUCGCUGGGCACCUUUCAGCUUGGCCGACGCACAAGAAGGCAACAUCUACAUGGCUUUCUCCUUGGCACUGGACUGACUACAUUUGCCUCGGUCACGUACGCACAGGCCGCAGAAGCGGCAAAGGUCAACCGAAAGUUGAACGUUUCAAACUUUAUGGCGGAGCCUAUAACGGAUGCCGCCGUACUGCUCGAGGACAAGGACAACAUGCGGCAUCGUAUGGAACUGCUGAUAAUGGAGAUUCAGGCGGAGUUUUGUCGUGCUUUGGAGUCGGAGGAAUUUAGCGGUCAGAAGUUCUUGGUUGACCGGUGGCAACGCAAGGAAGGCGGUGGCGGCAUUACCUGCGUGCUACAAGAUGGCGAUGUGUUCGAAAAGGCCGGCGUCAACAUAUCUGUGGUGACGGGCUGGCUGCCGCCCGAUGCAGUGCAACAGAUGCGUGCGCGCGGAAAAAAACUGACCGAGGGAGCUAAACUGCCGUUCUUUGCCUCCGGGGUCAGUGCAGUGAUACACCCACGAAAUCCCUACGUGCCUACCAUACACUUUAACUACCGCUACUUCGAGGUGGAAACGCCCGAUGGCCAAAAACAAUGGUGGUUCGGUGGAGGCACUGAUCUUACGCCAUAUUAUCUGGAUGAGAAGGAUGCGCGGCAUUUCCACAAAACGCUGAAGAGCGCCUGUGAUGAACAUGACACUAGUUAUUAUCCCAAAUUUAAGAAAUGGUGUGACGAUUAUUUCCGCAUUAAGCACAGACACGAGUGUCGUGGCAUAGGUGGUAUAUUUUUUGAUGACAUAGAUGCACCCAAUCCAGAUGCUGUUUUUAACUUUGUUGCCAGCUGUGCCCGCGCCGUAAUUCCUUCCUACCUGCCGCUCGUGCAACGCCACAAGAAUCGUGACUAUGGCAACAAUGAGAGACAGUGGCAACUGCUCCGACGCGGCCGCUACGUUGAGUUUAAUCUUAUUUACGAUCGUGGCACAAAGUUUGGACUAUAUACACCUGGUGCUCGAUACGAGAGCAUUUUGAUGUCACUGCCCCUUCAUGCGCGUUGGGAAUAUAUGCACGAGCCCAAACCCAAUACCAGGGAGAGUGUAUUGCAGAAGGUGCUACAAAAUCCCAAGGAUUGGGUCUAAAAUGCACAAAUGACCUUGAAAAUAGGUAUGCCUUUUAUUUAACGUGGUUGGGUACUACUUUAAGUUAUUUACAUGUAUAAAUAUACAUACAUACAUAGACACAUAUUUACAUAUUUGUUUGUUUGUUACAAAUAAAGAGCAAUUUCAUGAUAGAA